GGACAGACGGACUGCUCUUAAAGCAUUACUGCUACUGCUACAGCCACUACUUCUGUGAGGGACAGAAGAACUGCUCUUAAAGAUGAGGGCUGCCAUCUCACAACUGGUGCUGCUGCUCGCCAUGUGUGGAGCUCAGACACGGAGCGCCCAGACUGAAGUACAGACAGAGAGCCAGGGUACUGGGGCUGCUGCUGCUGCUGAAGUCUCUACCCAGCUGGACUUCUCUGCUGAGCUGAAGGAACUCAGAGACAUUGUGCAGAAGCAGGAAUCUAAUAGUGUCACGAUGAGAGAUGAGCUAAAGACAGUGCUAGAAAGAUUAGUUUUCAGUGAGAGUAAGGUUGUGGCUCUGGAAAGGGUGAAUGCAGCACAACAAGCAGAGCUGGUAGCGGUAAAGACGAGAGUGUCUGCCACCGAGACUGAGUUAGAGAGUCAGGAGAAACAGGUCAAUGAAACACCAAGGGUGUCUUUCUCAGGGGCUCUGGCCACCUCUAGCUCUGGGUGCAUAAACGCUGGGAACAGUGACAUGCGCUUGGUCUUCAGUAGAGUCAUCACCAAUGUCGGUCAGGCCUACGACACUGAGAGUGGGUUCUUCAUAGCUCCAGUCAGGGGGGUCUACUACUUCAGGUUCACAGCUUACAACAGACAAGACCCAGGGAAGCUCUUGACUAUCCGUAUGUAUAAGAACGGGCAGCAUGUUGUGUACCUAAGUGAUGUUGACGGUACCUAUUUGUCUACUGGCGUGACUUUGGAGAUGGAGAAGGGAGAAGACAUUAUUUUAAUGCUAACAGCCCACAGUCAGAUCUGUUGUAGUCCCCAUAAUGAGAGCACCUUUACUGCCUUCAUGGUCUUCCCUCUCUGAAUUCAACUUGAGAGGGAACUUGACAAGGAGGUGAAAGUGUUCAAAUCCCACUGUUGACAAGGGUCCUAUUCCAAGAACAAGUUAAGUGAUAAACCUGGCCAAGUUAACCUACAGGAAGUAGUAAACCUAAUAAUAGAUAGUCCACAAGUGCCAUUUAGUAAAGAAAAUGUGAACUCCAGACCCUUCUAUUACAUGAUUUACCACUACCUCAAGGUUAAUUUAACCUGGUGUACUACUUAGCCAGGUUCUUGGAAUACUCCCAAGGUGGAGGACAAUAAAAACAAAUCUGGUAAAGAAGUGAGACGUCUGCAAAACUGUGUGGCUUACUGGUGUUUUUUUAAUUAUUAAAAUAAAAUCCAUUUUAAUUAUUAAAAUAAAAUACAUUCAUUAUGAAAAUAAAAUAAGUGUCUUCAUCAGGCAAAGAUAAGACCUCUUCGAGACGAAAAAGUACACAUCAGGUAGACAAGCAGUAUUGCAGACUUCUUUUUUUACUUCUCCGAGUGCCAGAAUAUUCCUAUGAUGAUGAUCAAUCACAUUUUGUUACUUUCUGGUGGCCAGUGUGUGUUUGUCAAACAAUGGAUAAUGUCCAUGAUUACCAUGAUCAAAUAAAUCUCUCUCAAACCUGCCUUCUCGUUGAUUUUUCAAUUAACAAUAACCAAAAACACUACUACUGAUAAAAGAAUAGCAAUAAAAAUAUUUCUCUUUUGUCUUGUUUGUUAUAUUGCUUCCAUAAAUAGUACUAUUAUUAAGAGAAUCUUGAACCUAUGAGAAUGGUCACUGACUGUUGCUGCUGGAUGGUGAUUGGGAGCAAGUGAAGAAUUGAUGGGUUUCAAUUGAGCACCCUAUUUUUUUCUCGUGUCAUUUUUGCCCUGAAAUAUUAAUGCUGAUAACAAAUACCUCCUCUUAUACAAUAGCAACAAUAGUUUCUAAAAGGAAAUUGCAUUUAUGAUA